AUGAAGACAACAUUUUUCUUCCUAACUCUUGCAGUCUUAAUAAUUUCAUUUUCUUUUGAAUUACUUAUAGGUGUAUCAAAUAUUAUGGCAAAAUCUAUUUUGGAGGAAAAAACUCCCUCUUCCAUUCCUCCACUAAGCUCUGAUAUUGAUCCAAUAGAUGAACAUGUUGGACACUGUCCUGAUGACCUGAAAAUUCUUUUUUGCCAAAAAUGUGCAUAUCAUUGUAUUGAGAAAAUGAAAAAAUUAUUUAGUUGUGACAAUUCAAUUUGUCGAUGUGCCUUUGAAGACCUUUUGUAA